AUGAAGAGUUUCUCGUAUGCCUUCGCGGUCCUCUCCGCGGCCUCUUUCGCUGCUGGACACAUGCAGAUGAAGUACCCUCCGCCUCUGCGAUCGGGUUUCAACAAGUUCACUACCAACCAAGACUACGACAUGACGAGUCCCUUGGACCCCAGGGGCAGCAACUUCCCCUGCCGCGGCGGCCUGAAGGUCAUUGAUUCUCCCCAGGGCCAGCCGGUUGAUGAAUGGACUGCCGGCCUGCAGUACAAUUUCACCGUCACGGGAGGGGCAUAUCACAAGGGAGGAAGUUGCCAGGCCAGUCUCUCAUACGACAAGGGCAGCACUUUCAAGGUGAUUUCCUCCAUGGAGGGGGGCUGCCCUCUUACCCCUGGCGAUACCAGUUACAAGUUUAAAGUGCCCGAGGACGCCCCCGCCGGCGACUGCGUAUUCUCCUGGAGUUGGUUCAACUUUGAGGGAAACCGCGAGAUGUACCAGAACUGCGCCGUGGUCACCAUCAAGGUCGAUCCGCGCCGCAAGAAGCGUGGCACUGCCAUGGCCAUGAGCCAGCGUCCCGACAUGUUCGUUGCCAACGUUGGCAACGGCUGCUCGACAACCGAGGGAACCGACCUGAAAUUCCCCCAGCCCGGCCCAGUCGUCACCAUAGAGAAGGGCGCCAAGCUGAAGGGUCCCGUUGGAAACUGCCAGAAGCCGGCUCCUGGCGGUGACAACCCGACUGAGCCAGCUCCCAGCGCCUCAUCUGCGCCUGCUCCUACCAGUGACAGGCCGACUGUGCCAUCUCCCAGCAAGCCUGCUCCUACCAACGACAAGCCGACUGUGCCAUCUCCCAGCAAGCCUGCUCCUACCAACGACAAGCCGACUGUGCCAUCUCCCAGCAAGCCUGCUCCUACCAACGACAAACCAUCUAUCCCAUCUCCCAGCGCCCCGUCUAAGCCGACUCCUACUCCCUCCAAGCCCUCGCCUUCGAAGAUCUCCUGCACUGGCGGAAAGUUCCCCGGCGAUCAAAACAAGCCGGCUCAGCCUCCAUCCACCGGUGCCGAGCCUCCCGUCCAGCCCGAGCCUACUUCUACUUCUACUCCCGGCGACAACAACGAUGUCUGCACCCCAGGUGCCUAUGCCUGCACUCCUGACAACUCGGCAUGGCAAAUUUGCGUUGUAACCCAGGUCUGGAUACGAGCGGGCUCAUGCCCCGAGGGAACUAGCUGCCAGUUCGACGAGUCGACCAACACGCCUCGCUGCCGCUAG